AUAGUUAUUAUUACUAGUAUUGUUGACAAAAACAAUUCCUAAGUUUUGUUCUAAGAAGAAGAGCAACAAACGUAAGUCUAUAGGAGUACUAGAUCUUUGCAUAUAGUACCCAAUAAAUAGAGGGAGAGAGAGUGCGGGCCAAACUCCCAACUCCCAAGUUGCAAUCGAGAAUAAAUAAAAAUCCCAAUCCCCUCCUUCUCUUCUUCUUCCUCCCUGUUCCCUUUUCGAUUCGAUUGGAUUGGAUUGUUUUGCUGGCUCGCUCUCUCUCUCUCUCUCGUGGUGUGGUGUGGACAAGAAAGGAAGGAAAGAUGGAGGGCGGCGUAGGGGGGGAGGUGGACCACCUCGCCGGCGAGAGGGCCACCGCGCAGUUCGACGUUGAACACAUGAAGGUUGCCUGGGCUGGCUCCCGCCACGCCGUCGAUGUCGCCGACCGCAUGGCGCGCCUCGUCGCUUCCGACCCCGUGUUCCGCAAGGAUAACAGGACUAUGCUCCCCAGGAAGGAGCUGUUCAAGGACACACUCAGAAAGGCAGCCCAUGCGUGGAAGCGUAUCGUCGAGCUCCGUCUUACAGAAGAGGAGGCAAAUUUGCUAAGGCUAUACGUGGACCAGCCUGGUUAUGUUGAUCUGCACUGGGGCAUGUUUGUUCCUGCUAUAAAAGGCCAAGGGACUGAAGAGCAGCAGAAGAAGUGGCUACCUCUGGCCUACAGGUUCCAAAUAAUUGGAUGCUAUGCUCAGACUGAACUUGGUCAUGGUUCCAAUGUUCAGGGCCUUGAAACAACCGCCACAUUUGACCCAAAGACUGAUGAGUUUGUUAUACACAGCCCGACACUGACCUCUAGCAAGUGGUGGCCUGGUGGCUUGGGAAAAGCUUCCACUCAUGCAGUUGUGUAUGCUCGUCUGAUAACUGAAGGAAAGGACUACGGCAUACAUGGUUUCAUUGUGCAACUACGAAGCCUAGAGGACCACUCUCCCCUUCCCGGUGUUACUCUUGGUGAUAUCGGCGGAAAAUUUGGUAGUGGUGCAUACAACAGUAUGGAUAAUGGAGUUCUGCGAUUUGACCAUGUGCGCAUCCCAAGGGAUCAAAUGUUGAUGAGGCUUUCACAAGUUACGAAAGAGGGAAAAUAUGUGCACUCAGAUGUCCCAAAACAGCUGCUUUAUGGGACAAUGGUUUUUGUUCGUCAAACAAUUGUUGCAGAUGCUUCUAAGGCUUUAUCACGUGCUACUUGCAUUGCUGUAAGAUACAGCGCUAUUCGAAAGCAGUUUGGCCCUCAAACUGGUGGCCCUGAGACUCAGGUCCUCAAUUACAAGACUCAGCAAAGCAGACUCUUUCCUUUGCUGGCUUCAGCUUAUGCAUUUAGGUUUGUGGGUGAGUGGCUGAAGUGGCUGUACACGGAUGUCACACAUAAACUGGAAGCCAAGGAUUUCUCAACACUUCAAGAGGCCCAUGCCUGUACUGCUGGGUUGAAGGCUGUGACAACAUCUGCGACAGCUGAUGGAAUUGAAGAAUGCCGAAAACUCUGUGGUGGACAUGGUUACCUGAACAGCAGCGGGCUUCCUGAAUUGUUUGCUAUCUAUGUUCCUGCUUGCACUUAUGAAGGAGACAAUGUUGUUUUGCUAUUGCAGGUUGCAAGGUUUCUAAUGAAGACUGUAUCCCAGUUAGCUUCUGGAAAACAGCCUGUUGGUACAACGGCUUACAUGGGCAACAUACAGUACUUGAUGCAAUGCAAAUGUGGUGUAAAUACAGCUGAAGAUUGGCUAAAUCCUGCUGCCAUACGAGAGGUAUUUGAAGCUCGGGCUCUCAGGAUGGCGGUGAAUUGUGCCCAGAACAUAAACAAGGCGCCAAGCCAAGAAGAAGGGUUUUAUGAGCUAUCCCCUGAUCUGCUUGAGGUGGCGGUGGCCCAUAUCCAGUUGAUAAUUGUAACCAAGUUCAUAGAGAAAUUAGAGCAGGACAUCCCUGGUGAGGGAGUGAAGGAGCAACUGUGCAUCCUUUGCAAUGUGUACGCGCUGUAUCUUGUUCACAAGCAUCUGGGUGACUUCCUGUCGACGGGGAGCAUCACAGCAAGGCAGGGAGCGCUGGCAAACGAGCAGCUGGGAAAGCUGUAUGCGCAGGUGCGGCCGAACGCGGUGGCGCUGGUGGACGCGUUCAACUACACCGACCACUACCUGGGGUCGGUGCUGGGGCGCUACGACGGCAAUGUUUACCCGGCGCUGUACGAGGAGGCGUGGAAGGACCCCCUCAACGACACGGAUGUGCCGGACGGUUACCAGGAGCACCUCCGCCCUCUGCUCAAGCAGCAGCUCAAGCUCUCCAGGCUAUGAUCAUCCAUCCAUCAUCCUCCCUUUCUUGCUCUAUCAAUCAUAUCAUACUGCAUACGAUUUGAGUAGUAGUAAAAUAACACCAGCAUAUGCAAGGUGCUGGCUGGCUGCUAGUAUUUUCUUUUUCUUUAUAAUUUAUUUAUUUGGGGAGAGCUGGUAUUGUCUUAUUUAUUUGGGAAGAGCUGGUAUUGUAUGUCUGGUGAUUUGGUAUAGCUGUAACUGUGAACUUCACCACAUCUCCCCCUUCUCAAGGGCAUAUGCAUUCUACUCCUAUGGCUGUGUUUAGUUCCUUCCAAAGUUGAAAAUUUGGGUUGAAAUUGGUACGAUGUGACUGAAAAGUUAUGUGUGUAUGAUAGGUUGAUGCGAUGGAAAAAGUUGGAAGUUUGGAUCUAAACACAGCUUAUAUGUAUAUUGUGAGAUUGUC